AUGUGGAAGUUGAAGAUAGCAAAGGGAAAUGCUGAGGAUCCGUAUUUGUUUAGCAGCAACAACUUCGUUGGACGUCAAACAUGGGAGUUCGAUCCCAAAGCCGGCACACAGGAGGAACGUGCCGCCAUCGAAGAAGCUCGCCAAAGUUUCUUGGACAACCGUUCUCGUGUUAAAGCUUCCAGUGAUCUCUUGUGGCGAAUGCAAAUUUUGAAAGAGAAGAAAUUCGAACAAGUGAUUCCGCCCGUGAAGAUUGACGACGGGGAAGACAUAACGUAUGAUAAAGCGACAAAUGCGUUACGGCGAGGAGUUUCUUUCUUCUCCGCUUUGCAGGCCUCCGACGGCCACUGGCCGGCAGAGUUCAGCGGACUCCUCUUCUUCUUUCCUAUGCUGGUAUAUUCUUUGUAUAUCACAAGACACUUGGAAGAGGUAUUCCAUGCAGAGCAUCGUAAAGAGAUUAUCCGAUAUAUGUACUGUCACCAGAACGAAGAUGGUGGAUGGGGAUUUCACAUUGAGAGCAAGAGCGUUCUGUUCAGUACCACUUUAAAUUACCUAUGUUUGCGGAUGCUUGGAGUAGGUCCCGACGGAGGACCAGAAAACGCAUGUAAACGAGCCAGGCAAUGGAUACAUAGCCGUGGUGGUGUGACUUAUAUUCCUUCUUGGGGAAAAGUUUGGCUAGCGAUACUCGGAAUCUUUGAUUGGUCUGGAACUAAUCCAAUGCCUCCCGAGAUGUGGUUGAUACCUUCUUUCUUUCCAAUACACCUAGGAAAGAUUAUGUGCUUUACCCGAGUCGUUUAUAUGCCCUUGUCUUUUAUAUAUGGGAAAAGAUUUGUUGCUCCAAUUACGCCUCUUAUCAUGCAACUUCGUGAAGAACUCCAUGUACAACCUUAUGAAGAAAUCAAUUGGAAUAAAGCGCGUCAUUUAUAUUCCAAGGAAGACACAUAUGAUCCACAUCAUAUGUUUCAAGAUUUGAUAUGGGACACUCUCAACGUCUUCGUGGAACCUUUCCUUACAAGAUGGCCAUUAAACAAUCUUGUAAGGGAAAAAGCUCUUCGGGUGGCAAUGAAACACAUACAUUAUGAGGACGAAAAUAGCCAUUACAUCACCAUUGGAAAUAUUGAAAAGUCUUUAUGCAUGCUUGCUUGCUGGAUCGAAAACCCGGACGGAGAUCACUUUAAGAAACAUCUUUCAAGAAUUAUGGACUACAUUUGGAUAGCUGAAGAUGGAAUAAAAAUGCAGGGCUUCGGAACUCAGCUUUGGGAGACAGGAUUUGCAAUGCAGGCUAUACUAGCAAGUGAUCUUUGUGAUGAAACCUAUGAAGUGCUCAGGAAAGGACACGAUUACAUAAAAAAUUCUCAGGUUAGAGAAAACCCUUCAGGUGACUUCAAGAGCAUGUAUCGCCACAUCUCAAAAGGAGCAUGGACUCUUUCUGAUCGAGAUAAUGGAUGGCAAGUUUCAGAUUGUACAGCGGAAGCUCUUAAGUGUUGCUUGUUGCUCUCCACGAUGCCAGCUGAUGUUGUUGGCCAGAAAAUAGAUGUCGAACAAAUAUACGAUUCUGUUAAUCUCUUGCUAUCUCUACAAAGUAAAAAAGGAGGUUUUUCUGCAUGGGAUCCCGUCCAGGCACCUGAAUGGUUGGAAUUGAUGAAUCCAACAGAGUUUUUUGGCAAUUGUAUCUCCGAGACUGAAUACUUGGAAUGUACGUCAUCUGUUGUACAAGCUUUAGUGAUGUUCAGAAAACUAUACCCGGGUCACAGGACAAACGAGAUCAUAAAGUCUAUCGAGAAAGCAGUGCAAUACAUAGAAGGAGAACAAAUGCCAGAUGGUUCCUGGUUUGGAAAUUGGGGUGUUUGUUUCAUUUAUGGCACAUGGUUUGGUCUUAGCGGCUUCGCAACGAUUGGUAAAACAUACAAAAACUGUAUAUCUAUGCGCAAAGGUGUAGAUUUUCUACUUGCAAUACAGAAUGAAGAUGGAGGAUGGGGCGAGAGUCAUCUCUCAUGCCCUGACCAGAGAUACAUACCCUUAGAAGGGAAUAGAUCAAACCUAGUGCAAACGGCGUGGGCUAUGAUGGGUUUGAUUAAUGCGGGACAGGCCGAGCAAGAUCUUACACCUCUUCAUCGUGCUGCGAAAUUCAUCAUCAACUCGCAACUGGAAAAUGGGGAUUUUCCUCAACAGGAAGCAAUGGGAGCGGCCUUGAAGACCUGCGUGAUACACUUUGCUGGAUACAGAAACACCUUUCCAGUAUGGGCACUUGCAAAAUACCGGAAAGCUGCAUUUCAUGAAGCCCACGAAUGA